GAGAAGUUGCUGAAGAAUGGGGAAGAGGCUGAGCAGAAUUUUGCGGAAACAAGACAGAUGAAAAAAGACGGCAUAUGGAAUCAAUCUGGAAGAAGAUCAGGCAGGUGACUGAGGACAAAAUGCUGUGGCUCAGCAACACUCACACCAAAUGUCUGCCAGACGGAGGAGCCGUCAACUUCUCUGAGAUGAGCGGUGGCGUGACGCGGACUGUGAAAAAUGGAGAAGAGGACAACAAAGCUAACGACAGAUGCAGGCGGCUUAGACUCAGUCUACAGGAUCAGUAUCGGUCAGGCUUUACCUCGGAGUGGCACAACAAGGAGAGCAGCAUAGCAGUGGUGCUGCCACAAAAACCAGAAGAGCAGGAAGAAACACCUGAACUCAUCACUCCCACAGAAGAAAAAGUUGAAGUCAUCAAGGUUUACCUUGAAUCCUCCCGUCCAGAGACAGCAGAGAGUGUCAGGAUGCUAACAGACGAGGUGUCGCAGAUUCAGGAGGUGAGGUACUGUCUGAAGACUCUGAGAGAGCAGAUGGCGGCCAGGCAAAACAGUAACAACAACAAGUAUCCAGCCAAUGGCUUCAGAGUCAACAUAUCCAGCAGCCAACCAGCUGUCUCCAAUGGCAACACUGUUCUCAUUGAAUCAGAGACUAAUGUCGCAGAUAACCGGGAGGAGAGUGUAAAGCUCAGGGAGGCGACCAAGCGUCUGUACGCACAGCUGAAGGAGAUGGAGAAGAGGCAUCAGGAGGAGAGAGAGAGUCUUCAGGCGGAGUGCAACGAGUACCACACUCGCCUGGUUGAACAGUCGGAGCGGCUGCAGAGGGCGGAGGAGCAAUCAGAGGAGAGAGGUCAGCAGGUGGAGGAGCUGCAGAGGCUGCUGGGAAGCAUGGAGAUCGAGAGUGGUGUCCUCAAAGACAAGAUGGCGGCAGGGGAGGCAGAGCUGCUGCAGCUCAAAGCGGGCAGGGAGGAAGGGGAGGAGAAAGAGCAGAGAUGUGCAGAGCUGGAGAAGGAGGUUGCCAUCCUGAAGGAAAAGAUUCAUCACCUUGAUGACAUGUUAAAGAGUCAGCAGAGGAAGGUCCGCCACAUGAUCGAACAGCUGCAGAACUCACGGACUGUCAUUCAAGAGAGAGAUCGAGUCAUCAGGGAUCUGGAGGAGAGGGUGGCUUUCCUGGAAGCUGAGAACAGAGAAAUGCAUGACCACAUGGAGUACUUCAUGGCAGGCCAGAAUCCUCCGCCCAUGACGUCCACUGAGAACAAGCCAGAGGUCGUUUACAGUAAACCACUCACACCAACAACACCAACCAACAAGGUCCUCCCAUUCAUCAAAGUCAUUGAGAUCAAGUCGUGAAUGGAGCGUAGACAGGAGUGAUCAGAAGUUUUAAAAGACUGUAAAUAUAUAUUAACCACUCGUCAGUAUAUAAAACAUAGGUCUGUAGUGAUCUAAAAAAAGGUUGGUGUAACAGACUUCAUGGUGACAAAGCACAUUGGUCUUUUGUUAGCAGCUCAUGGUUCCCUUUUGAGAAUAUGUUCUGCAUCCCGUCCCAGGCUUUGUCAGUGUCAAACAGAAUGUAAACAGGUGAAGUGAGAGGAGUUCAGACUGGGAUCCAAACAUAGGAGAAAUCCUAAAAAGGACACUAAGAAGGAGCUGUGCAAUGCAAAGAAUUUUACUGAACUUGUUAGAUGAUAUACUUAGACACAAAUCUGAGCACUAUGUACUGUGUCAGCAAGUCUUCGACGUACAGUGGCAGAAGCAAGAGUUCAGUAUAGUUCUCUGUGUUGUUAAGUUUUCCACCUCCACUUCUCUCCCAUAAAGAAUCUAAAAUAAGCAGUUUCAACAGGUCAAUGUAAAAAGUGGGUAAAAAUUAUGAACGAUUAUUAAUGUCUCUGUUAAACAUACACUCGAACAAAUGUAUAUAUAAUCACAUUGUGUUGAGUGUUUUCAGCACGUCUUCAUCCUACAGCCAACAUGACCACAACCCUCAGCGUCAGGGUUCAAGGUCGAAUUCCUCAGUGCUUUGCACCUCAUUGCCAAUGGCAGGCAUGCAGUUGGCUAUGUCAGCUUUGAAAUAUGAUUUAUGUUUAACUUAAACAUAUUUCUUUAGACUACGUCGAAUAAAUAUGAGUGAUAGUGUUGUUUUUCAUCGUAGAAAUUUGACCUUCUUUAUUUUACUUAUGCUGGAAAAGAUUUAGUAGCGGCUACAUGUAGAGACAGUGGCUGGUCGAUGAUAGAGUUUUAAUUCUUAUUUACGCUGCCAAGUGCUGCCUCAGCACAAUUCAUGUUUUGUGCUAAACAGUCUCAUAUUUAAUAACAAUAAUUCUGAUUUAACUGAUAAACUGACUAAGUUUGUAUGCACCUUGCUGUUUCUUUCUGUAAAAUACUUUCUGCUGCAAUCCAGGAUGAACUGAAUAAUCUUUUACUGUGAACCUUGUAGAUAGACACACCGAAGUUCCGUCUGUGUUCUUUUGUUGUAGACUUUGUUAAAUUUUAUUUAAAUAAAAGGCCUGGUUGAUCAAACUCA